AUGGAAUUGAAAUUCUUGGGUAAGAGUUAUUCAAGGUGCAAUGGGCAUGCUGGUAAUACACGGAGUUGGGCUCGUUUGGAUCGUUCCUUGGUAGAUCAAAAAUUUCUUGGUGCAUUUCCGGAUUCAGUUAUGAGAUAUUUACCUCGUACAUCAUCGGAUCAUGCUCCUAUGGUCAUUUCGUUAGUGAAGAGUUUUGAAGGCUAUGGGCCAGCGCCAUUCCGUUUUCAGCAAAUGUGGGUGGAUCAUGUUGAUUUUGCUAGAUGUGUUCGUGAGGUUUGGGAUCAAACUGAUGACAGUGGUGCUCUCAUGAAACUGGUGGCAAAAUUAAAAAGGGUGAGAGUUGCUCUAAAAGCAUGGAAUAAGGUAGUUUUUGGGUGGACAAGUGGGCACAUUCAAGAGUUGGAGGAUCGCAUAGAGAGGCUGGAUGAGUAG